GAAAUAUUUUUCAAAAUAAAAAGGUUUGUUGAGUCGAACUAAGCCUGAGCUGAGAUCAGUCAGCGUGGAGCGGUCGUGGAGCAACUAUGGCGGAAGAAUCUGAAGUUCCCACCCAACCAGCUAACACUGUGGAAGAACCAUUAGAUCUCAUCAGACUCAGUCUGAAUGAAAGGAUCUAUGUAAAGAUGAGAAAUGAGAGGGAACUCAAAGGCCAACUUCAUGCUUAUGACCAACAUCUCAACAUGAUUCUUGGUGAUGUCGAAGAAACUGUGACGACCAUGGAGAUUGAUGAGGAAACCUAUGAAGAAAUUUAUAAGAGUACGAAAAGAUCGAUUCAGAUGCUGUUUGUCAGAGGUGAUGGAGUCAUACUUGUUUCCCCUCCACUACGAUCAGGAACAUUAUAGCAUUUCAAAUGUCAGUGGGUAGACAUCAUCCAACAUUCUGUAUCAAUAACUAUUAGGAAUAGGAUGUAUAAAUUGUAUGUAUUCGUUUCUUUGUUUUGUUGUGCUCAUUCAUUUACAUGAGCAAGGCAAGUAAAAAAAACCCUCAAGUACAGUCUUAUUCAGUAAAUGUAACCCAAACAUAAAAAACAAGAUGUAUAGUAGACUCUUGCAUAGGUUGAAUCUCUCAAGACCACAGAAGAUGUAAAUAACACACGUUUUGCAUAUUCUGGGGCCUGUUUAAUAAAGUGUUACAACGAUGGUAACUUUGCUAUUAUUAUGGCAACUACCAUGGUAACAGGGCUCAGCAGCCAAUCACAAUCAAUAUACCUGUGUUUGUUAUAAUAAUGGCAAAGAUCUUGAAGGCAUCAUUUGACAUAUAUGCAGAUUCUACUGUACAAACAUUUAGUAUAUCUAACCCCAUCUGGAUGUGUCAUUCUUGUUCUGGAUGAUGACCUUGCAUUGUAAUUGUAAAGAAUGAAACAACUUCAAUAU